AUACUUAUGAAUAAAAAAUUAAUUUCAAUUUUUUAAAUUUUUUAAAAUAUGUUUCUUUAUGAAAUAUUUUUUAUAUAGUGACUCAACCGUUGUACAACGAUGCAAGUAGGGAUAACAUUCGCACGGCGUUCAUAUAACACUUUCAAGUUGUAUCAUAUGUAAUUGAAAGUCACCAGUAUUGUUUGCGCUGUGUUCCCUACAAUUUCGAUGUGUCGCAUUGUGUUCUCGCAUCUUUCGAUAACUAUAAUCUUUAUUUUUCUUUUCUUUUUUUUAACUAUAAAAAUAAUCUAAUUAAUAUAAAAUCACUGUGUUCUAACAGAAAUGAAUCGUUCGUUGUAGAAACUUUUAAUGUAGUGUAUAACAAAGUGAUUGAACGUACAAAUUUCCACAAAGUAUGUGGAACCAAUUUCACACAUGAAAUACAAUUGUGCGAUCAUCAAAGAAAAAAACGAUAACUCUCCGUACUUCGUUAAUAUUCAAGCCGCCUGAAAAACCUGAAUGGCUGGAAUUCUCCACGGAAAAUCCUUCAAUGUCUGGAUUCGUCGGAUCUUUACGUGGCUUGGAGGACAAUUCUGGGAAUACAGGGCAACCUUAUCGCAGAAACAGUCUCGCAUUAUCUCUUCAUUCGAAUUUGGCAGCUUUUCCAGUUGCUAAUAAUCAAGAAGUCUCACCUUUUCAUGUAGUUGAUUCGGCGCGGAGAAGAUUUAGUAAUGUUAGUGAUGUCGUAUCCAGAAAAAUUUCUCAUACAAUUCGAUGGAGAACGGUUUCAGGUUCAAUCGAGCUUACAGUGUCUCAAGGAUCUUCCUUAUGUGCUCAAUAUAUCCGAAAUCGUUUGAAACGGUCUGGAAUCUUUCAUCGAAAGCUUGGAUUGAAAAGAAUGAGAAGUGCCAUGUUGCUUCCUGGUGGUGCGGUUGUGGGAGAAGUUUAUCCAGAAUUAGUAUCAGUUGGAGCUGAACUCGAGAAAAUGCAUCCAAAUUUAUUCAAUCGUGUUGCACGACAAAUUGGAUGUGGUAGUUUCUCAUCGGAACAGUCUGCUAGCGAGGCCAUCGUGGAUGUCUCUAGAGAGAUGAUCAGAAAUGGUGAGAUGACUUGGAGUAAAGUGGUAGCUCUUUAUGCAAUUGCUGGUGGUAUUGCCGUGGAUUGUGUACGUCAGGGCAAACCUGAAUAUUUACCUGCCAUACAGAGAGGAAUGACAGAUGUUUUAGAAGAGGAUCUUGCUGCAUGGAUCCAAGCUAAUGGAGGAUGGUCCGCUUUAGCAACACGAUACAGAUCUGUAACAAAAGAAACUACAUGGCAUUCGCGAAAACUUAUCUUAUUAUUUAUAUUCACUACUUUGAUUAUUUUUAUGAUUUCUAUGUUUUUAAAACUUUUAAUUUUAUAACACAUAUUAAAUAUAAGUAAGUAUAAAAACUAAUUUAAUAGAAUAUUU